AUGCAUCUUUCCCAAGUCUCACUCUUGUUCUUUAAUAUAUGUAUUUUUAUUUGUGGAGAAACUAUACAAGGUAACUGUGUACAUCAAUCUACGGAUUCUCCAGUAGUUAACAUUGUAGAAAAUGUAUCUCAUAUAAAAGAUGAAAGUAAAAGGAAUGAUACUGUUUAUAAGGAAGAAUGUGAGGAAUCAUGUGAUAUUAAAAUUAAAAUUACACGAGAAGAAAAACAUUUCAUGUGUAGAAAUUUGCAAAGUUCUAUUAUUUCUUACACACGAAGUACCAAAAAACUACUAAGAAAUAUAAUGGAUGAGCAGCAAGCUUCCUUGGAUUACUUAUCUAAUCAGGUUAAUGAGCUCAUGAAUCGAGUUCUCCUUUUGACCUCUGAAGUGUUUAGAAAACAGCUGGAUCCUUUUCCUCACAGACCAGUUCAGUCACAUGGUUUAGAUUGUACUGAUAUUAAAGAUACUGUUGGCUCUGUCACCAAAACACCAAGUGGUUUAUACAUAAUCUAUCCAGAAGGAUCUAGCUACCCAUUUGAGGUAAUGUGUGACAUGGAUUACAGAGGAGGUGGAUGGACUGUGAUACAGAAAAGGAUUGAUGGGAGAAUUGAUUUCCAAAGGUUGUGGUGUGAUUAUCUGGAUGGAUUUGGUGACCUUUUAGGCGAAUUUUGGCUAGGUCUAAAAAAGAUUUUCUACAUAGUAAAUCAGAAAAAUACCAGUUUUAUGCUGCAUGUGGCAUUGGAAUCUGAAGAUGAUACGUUGGCUUAUGCUUCGUAUGAUAAUUUUUGGCUAGAGGAUGAAACAAGAUUUUUUAAAAUGCACAUAGGACAGUAUUCAGGAAAUGCUGGUGAUGCUUUCCGGGGCUUCAGGAAAGAAGAUGAUCAAAAUGCAAUGCCUUUCAGCACAGCAGAUGUUGAUAAUGAUGGAUGUCGUCCCGCAUGCCUGGUCGUUGGUCAGUCUGUGAAGAGCUGCAGUCACCUCAAUAACAACACUGGCUGGUGGUUCAGCCAAUGUGGACUAGCAAAUCUGAAUGGUAUCCAUCGCUUCCCUGGAAAAUUGCUUGCGACUGGAAUUCAAUGGGGCACAUGGACCAAAAACAACUCACCUGUCAAGAUUAAAUCUGUUUCAAUGAAAAUCAGAAGAACUUACAAUCCAUAUUUUAAGUAAUUUUAUUUUAAAUUGUAAUUCUUGUUCCAUAAUUAUUUUUUUUAUAAAAUAUAAAAGAUUUUACAUAGUUUUUCUUUUUACUGAGUGUUUCAA